AUGCCCAAGGCUGCUCGCAGGGACCACAGCGCCCUUCAGAUUCCAUGUGGGUACUUGAAAUGCAAACACUACUUUAAGACUCAGGCAGGGCGCAAAAAGCACUGGAAUGCUUCGCACCCAACAUUCAUAUCAGCUCCUACCACCGGCGUCUCACAUACUGCUACAGUCGAAGACGAGCCCGAAGAACCACACAACGACUUCUUUGCAGGACAUGAUGACUUCUCCGCAGGCUUAUUAGAUGCGGGUCAGGCUCUCGAUGAGCCUGAUCAUCUGGACACGCAGUUUGUGGGGCCGGGUGAUAGAUUAUACCGCAACUAUCACCCGAAACUAAAUGGUCAAUUCCUUGAAGACGGAGCAUCCCCAACGCCACCUCCAAGCAAAUCACCUGAUGACUGGACUCCAUACCGGGAUCGCGUCGAAUUCGAGACUGCCGAAUUCCUGUACACGCGCAACCAGAUGUCUGCCGGGGACAUCAAUGUCUUAUUGGAUCUUUGGGCUGCAACCCUCCUGAAACAUAACGACAAGCCGCCGUUUGCAGACUGCCGUGAUUUACAUAAAACCAUUGACAGUACACCGGUGGGUGAUGUCAAAUGGCAGUCUUUCAGGGUCCAGUACACGGGGGAGAAGCCAGAACACAAUGUACCACCGUGGAUGGGUCAAUCUCACGAUGUUUGGUAUCGAGAUCCCCAUGAGGUCAUUCAAAACAUGUUGGCAAACCCUGACUAUGCCACGGAGAUGGACUACCAGCCCUACCGUGAGUUCUCAACUGACAAUGAUGAACGCCAAUGGCAGGACUUCAUGUCCGGCGACUGGGCCUGGAACCAAGCGGAUAUCAUUGCCAAAGAUCAGGAUACAACUGGCUCGACCUUUGUUUUGGUUAUACUCAGAAGUGACAAGACGACAGUUUCAGUGGCAACUGGCGCUAACGAUUACUAUCCACUGUAUGUAUCAAUCGGGAAUGUUCGUAAUAAUGUCCGGCGUGCACAUCGUGACGCUGUUGCCAUCAUUGGCUUCCUGGCUAUGCCAAAAACUACAAAGGAGCAUGCCUCUUGCCCAAAAUAUCGGAAAUAUCGCCGGCAACUCUUUCAUUCCUCUAUCUCGAAGAUUCUUGAGAACCUAAGACCCGGCAUGACCAAACCAGAGGUUGUGCGCUUUGGUGACGGGCACUAUCGGCGUGUAAUCUAUGGGCUUGGGCCCUACAUUGCCAAUUAUGAAGAGCAAGUUCUAUUAGCGUGUAUAGUGCGCUCUUGGUGUCCAAGGUGUAUGUCACACCGCAAAAAUUUGGACUCUGAGUCGUUGUGUUGCAAUCGUGACCAUACAGAAGCACUCGUUGAAGAAGUAACCUCUACUGAUCUAUGGGACGAGUAUGGGAUCAUCAAUGACCUUGUCCCAUUUACAAAUGACUUCCCUCGAGCUGAUAUCCAUGAACUUAUCGCACCGGACCUCCUACAUCAAUUGAUUAAAGGGACCUUCAAGGAUCAUUUAGUUGAGUGGGUUGGAAAGUAUCUGCACCACGUGCAUGGAAAGAAAGGAGCGGAAAAAAUUCAAGAUGAUAUAGAUCGAAGAAUCGCUGUGGUUGCUUCAUUCUCAGGUCUUCGACAUUUUCCACAAGGUCGAGGAUUCAAACAACGGACCGGCGAUGAUUUGAAAGCGCUUAUGAAGGUUUAUCUACCUGCCAUUGAAGGUCACGUCCCAAUGGAUGUCGUGCUCACGUUUCGUGCAUUUCUUGAAUUCUGCUAUCUCGUAUGGCGUAAUAUCAUCACGGAAUCCACGCUGGUUCAAAUCCAGAAUGCUCUCAACCGAUUCCAUCAUUACAGGAAGAUAUUUGAGUCCACUGGCGUUGUUCUCACAUUCUCCCUCCCUCGACAACACUCUUGUUCCCAUUACAUCCUCCUAAUCCGACUGUUUGGAGCACCCAAUGGCCUUUGUUCCUCGAUCACUGAGACAAAGCACAUCAAAGCCGUAAAGGAACCAUGGAGGCGCUCAAGUCGCUACAAAGCCCUUGGUCAAAUGCUGGUGACAAACCAGCGCCUUGAUAAACUUGCAGCCUCGCGCAUUGAUUUCAAGAGCUGCGGGAUGCUGAAUGGCACUUGUCUGCCAGAAACGCUUCGAGGCAACAAUGAAGAGGGUGAAGUUAUCGACGGCCCAACAUUGGUGCAGGCCCAUGUUCAGUUGGCAAAAACACCCCAACGCAAUCGCGCACGAACUGUACCUGACUUAUCUGCGGAAUUCACUAUCCCCCAUCUUUACAACCUCCUCCGCCGAUUCCUAUUCGAACAAGUUAACCCAGAUGACCAGCGGUCUCCCUUUGAAGUCCCGCUUGCAAGUUGUCCUCGAUUCAAUGGCAAGAUUCAAGUCUUCAACUCCGCAUCUUUGACAUUCUAUGCACCUAGCGACCGCAGUGGGAUUGGUGGCAUGCGCCGUGAGCAUAUUCGUGCUUGUCCUCUUUGGAGAAACGAGGCACUGCGAUAUGACUGCGUGUUUGUGAACACAGAUGCAGGUGUCAAAGGGAUGGGGGGGAUGGAAAUAGCACGAGUGAUGUGUUUUUUCUCUUUGACAUUCGAGGCAGUUUCAUACCCAUGCGCUGUGGUGCGUUGGUUUGACAAAGUUGAUGAUAGACCCAACGAGGACACUGGGAUGUGGAUAGUGCGACCUUCGUAUGAUGCUGACCAUUCUCCAUCAGUUGGAAUCAUCCACAUUGAUUCUAUUUAUCGCGCUGCACACCUCAUCCCAAUCUAUGGAACACAUACCAUCCCACAGGACCUCAAACACUACGACUUGUAUGAUGCUUUCAGAGCAUUCUAUAUAAACAAGUUUGCAGAUCAUCAUGCAUUUGAGAUCGCAUCUUAG